AUGACAUCGCAUUUGUUCCCGCCUGCCACAGCGGCGGCCCUGCCCAGCUCCCCUGCCUCCUCGGCCUUAUCAACGGCCUCCUCGUCGGGCAACUCGUCGCAGGAGCCCCGUUCACCCCCCUCGGCGGGCAUCCGCCCGGGGGAGGUUUCCUUUGAGGAGUCUCUCAUUCAGUUGGCCCGUGCCCGGGUGAGCGAGAUCGAAUUCACCAACCGCACCAACAACGAUGCCCUGCAAGCCCUGCUCGGGGGUCUUGAGAGCAUCAACCGGCGCCUGUUGCAUGUCGAGCACUUUCUCCAGCAGGAGUCCCUUCAGCCGCUGAGGUCCCCCCCAGCGGACAUUGAGGGCGGCCCCCCUGGGCUGCCCGCGUCGCUGGCCGUCAACCCACCCAUCAAGACCGAGGAUGAUCCCGGGUCGGAUGAGGAGCUGGAUGUCAUGGGGGACGUUCCAGUGCGGCCAUCCCCCAGCAUCGAAGUCGACUGGCGCCGGAUGUACCUCAAUCUCCGGCGAAACAUCGAAGUCGACUGGCGCCGGAUGUACCUCAAUCUCCGGCGAAAGUAUGACACCUUGCUGGAGCGCCACACACAGGGCAAAGUCGCGGCCAAGGCGUCGAUCCGUGCCGGGCGCUCCGCCGAGUCCCGGCCCCUGCAAAGUGACCGGGCCUUCCCGGCGAAUGGCCCCCCUUCGGAGGACAGACCUCCCCCUGAAACACCGGUCCCCUCUGCCAAGAGGACACCAGCCCCACGUUCGGUAGCCCCCUCGAGCCGUUCGCCUUCUACCGGCCGGCCGGUUGCCUCGCCCUCCCCCUCGACAUCGGAGUACUUUGAUACCUUCCUCCAGCGGACCGGCCGCACACCCGAAGGCCGCCCUCGGCGAGAUUCGCCGUCCGACCGCCUGCGACAAUCCCUUUGGGUGCUGUCGCCGUUGCAGGAGCCCGAGCCAUCAGACACUUCCCGGAGACUGGACCUGGAUGAGGGGUAG